UCUCUCAGAGUGUGUUGGUGUGUGUCAUGGAGGGCAGAGGUGGACUGUCGGACCAGGCUGCGUCCGAUGUCUGCACAGACGGUGACCCAAUCACCAAGGACUACAUGAUGCAGCAGACGAUGCUGAGGGUCAAAGAUCCGGUCAGAUCUCUGGACUUCUACACCCGUGUCCUGGGAAUGACGUUACUGCAGAAGAUCGACUUCCCCUCGAUGCGAUUCACCCUUUAUUUCCUGGGCUACGAGGACAAGUCGGACAUUCCCGCCAACGUCAAAGAGAGGACAGCGUGGACUUUCUGUCGCCGAGCGACCAUCGAGCUCACACAUAACUGGGGUUCAGAGUCUGAUGAAAACCUGUCAUAUCAGAACGGAAACCAAGCACCGCAGGGGUUUGGUCACAUCGGCAUCUCCGUCCCCGACGUUUCUGCCGCCUGUAGAGUUUUUGAGGAGCGUGGAGCCACUUUUGUCAAGAAGCCAGACUCAGGUAAAAUAAAGGACCUGGCCUUCAUUCAGGAUCCAGACGGAUACUGGAUCGAGAUUUUAAGUCCAGACAACAUGGUCACCUUGAUGUCACCUUAAAGAUAGAGCCAGUGUUUCCUCUUCUGUUCCUAAUGACGUGAUGUUUGUAAAAAUAAAUCUUCAAAUGAC